AGUUACGAAAUGUCAAAAUAAUAACUUAUGGCGUAUUAUUAACAAAGUUUUGCGAUAUUGAAAGCGAUAUUAAUUUCAAGUUUUUAAAAAUACAUAAAGAUGACUGCACCACUUGAAAAUUUAGAAACUCAAAUAGAAAUGUUCAUUGAAAAUGUUCGUCAAAUACGUAUAAUUGUUAGUGACUUCCAACCACAAGGACAAAAUGUUUUGAAUCAAAAAAUUCAAGGAUUAGUUACCGGUUUACAAGAAAUUGAUAAACUGAGACACCAGGUCCAAGAUGUAUUUGUACCGUUCGAUGUGUUUGAUUACAUUGACUCCGAUAAAAAUCCACAGUUGUACACAAAAGACUGCGUUGAAAAGGCUUUGGCCAAGAAUGAAGAAGUAAAGGGUAAAAUUGAUGCUUAUCGAAAGUUCAAGGCAAAUCUUUUACUUGAGUUGUUUAAAACGUUUCCUAAUGAAAUGGACAUGUAUCAAGCUUAUCGUCCAAAUUCUACUUAAAAAUCGUAUUUAAUUUAGAGAUUUUUGAUAUGGAAAGUAAUUAAUUAUAUUUAAGUAAUGCUAAUAAAAAAAGAUCUGUAAUUAUAAU